GAGGCCUUUAAAUGACCAUUGAUGGAGUAGGUGAGGGCCCAGGGAGUCCUGCAGGUGGCUUUUGUUGCUCUUUGUUCAGAUAGAUGCAGCAGCUGGGUGCAGUAUUACUCGCCCAAGUGUACACAAUGAAAUGGGGACAGGCAAAGGGCCCCUCCCACAGGUGGACAAGUCUUCCCCACCCAUUCUGACCUGCCCGGGCCUGUAGUUGCUACCCAGCCAGCUAAGGCUCCUCCCCCAAACAAAGGGGGAAGAUCUCGCAGACUUAAACCCUUUCCUCUGCCUUUCCCCUGCCCACAGUCCUGUCUCCUGCAGACUAAACUGGUGGAGGGAAACGGGUCCCAUCCUAUGGCCACCUCUUCUGGAGAGCCAGGGCUCCUGCCCUGUGGGUCCUGUGACAUGGUUUUUCGCUCGUGGGCCCUACUGGCUGUCCACGCUCAGCGCUUCUGCAUUGGCCGCCUGACCGGGGAGAUGACACUUGGAGCACAGCCCUCAGUAGCCACCCAGCCCCCGGGCCCUGCGGUGAUGUCACAAGAACCCCAGGGCCUCUCCGAGAAGGAGGCCAGCCAGUCUGCAUUAUGGAGGUUAACAGAGGAGGUGCAGUGGCUGCGGCUGUCCCUACAGAAAAUGCGACCGUGGAUAACGGAGGUCCCCCGAGAGUCUGCGGGGCUCUUGGGGCGAUCAGAGGCCGGGUCUCAAGACCCCAGCAACGAGGCUUGUGGAACCCCGGGAGAGCGGUUGCGGGCGCUGCACAGGACUCGAGCCAGGCGCGUGGCAGAGACGGAAGCCCAGAGACGGGCCCUGGAGCGACGCGGCGAGGAACUGAGCCUGCGCCUCCAAGGUAUAGCCCGGAGCCGAGGCGGGAUACCCCGUCUAACCGGAGUGGAGCGGGAGCUCCGAGAACUCCGGUCAGAGGCGGGGCGGACGCGGGGAACUCUAGAGAUGUUGGGUGCGCGCCUGCAGGAGCUGCAGCCGCAGUCUGGGACUAGUCUGAAAGCCCGGCAAGAAGCUGCACUCUGUUUUCCGGGGCUGCCCGCCAACCCAGCAACUCUAGCUGCUGAGAUUGGGUCCCUGCGUGAGACCUACCUUCGAGGUGGGGGUCGGGACCCUGGCAUUCUGGGCCAGCUGUGGCAGUUGCAGGUGGAGGCGUCGGCACUGGAGCAGCGGCGGUCGCGGACCCACAGGAGAGCACAGGAUGGGCCGGCCAGGAGAGCCUCUCGCUGCGGAAGAACAGGGGCCGCCUCGGGGGAGCUUCUAGUGGUGGAGGCAGAAAAUCGGCGCCUGGAGGCAGAAAUCCUGGCCUUGCAGAUGCAGAGGAGCCUGGGCCUGGGCCAGGUACCCUGGGGGCCUGGAGAGGUGGGACGCCUGUCCAGUCCCCGUCCACACCCAAAGGGAAGGAGAGAACCCGCAUUCCUCCCGCUGCCCGUGGCACCCCCGCUGCCUCCACUUCCAGGCUCCACGGCCAUCCAGUUGUUGGGUGGCACGGGAAAGGCUCAGCUUUCUGGAUCCGUGACGGGGAAGCUGGGCCUGAACCCACACUUCCUCCUGCCCACAUCUGAUGUCCUGGGCCCUGCGCCCUAUGACCCUGGGGCUGGCCUGGUCAUUUUCUAUGACUUCCUGCGGGGCCUUGAAGCUUCUUGGAUUUGGGUGCAGCUGUUGACUGGCUUGUCUCGAGAUGGACAUGACACAGGAGGGACUACAGCGUUGCCCCCAGCCCUUUGCUUGCCCCCGCCUCCAGCUCCUGGGCCCAUGGGCAACUGUGCCAUCCUUGCCAGCAGGCAGCCUGUGCCCAGACUGCCACCCUCACCAUCAGUAUCCUUGGUCUGUGAGCUACUGGCCUGGCAAGGGAUGGCAGGAAUUGGGCCACCACAGCCAAAGGCGUGGACCUCUCUGGUGCUAUUUGACCGAGAUCAACGGGUGCUAAGUGGCCGCUGGCGCCUCCCACUUCGGGCCCUUCCUUUGGACUCCAGCCUUAGCUUUGGGCAGCUGAAUGGGAUUCCCCAGGUGAGUGUUACGGGUUGGGCCUGGGUCUACUACAAGGUACAAAUGCAGUACCAUUUCCCUUCCUCCCAGGCAGGUCAGGCUGAGCUCUUCCUGCGGCUGGUGAAUGCAAGAGAUGCAGAUGUUCAGACACUGGCAGAGAUCAGCCCUGCAUCUGCCCAUGAAUACCAGUACCCACCACUGGUGUCCAACUCAUCCUCACUGGAAGCCAACUCCCUCAUCCCCAUGGCUGGUUUUGCUGACCCUGCACCGCCCACUGAAGAGCCCCGUGGUGGAGUCAAGGAUAAAGAUGAGGGUUUGAACUCUGACCACAGCUUUGACCCGCCCCCCCUGGCUUCUGAGCCCAGCCACGGGAUGCAGAUACCACCUCAUACUCUGCAAAAUUCAGACCCCCUGCUAGAAGCAUAGUGGUCAGGGUGGGGCUGAGGAGUAGAUGUUAACAAAAGACCAAGUUUAAAGACUGGGAAAGAAAAUACCACAUAUGGGCACCGGAUUCUGUCCCGGCUGCUCCUCUUCCAGUCCAGCUCUCUGCUGUGGCCUGGGAAGGCAGUGGAGGAUGGCCCAAGUGCUUGGGCCGCUGCACGCACAUGGAAAACCAGGAAGAAGCACCUGGCUCCUGGCUUCAGAUCAGCGCAGUGCUGGCCAUAGCAGCCAUUUGGGGAGUGAACCAACAGAAGGAAGACCUUUCUGUCAAAUAAUUAAAAAGGAGAGAGAGAGAAAGAACGAACGAACGAACCACGUGUACAUUUACCUUCUUUCUGACAAGGUGGGAAAUAUCAGUCACACAAUUUGAUGAAGAAGCACCAUCUGCUGGCUUUCUACUGGCAAUCUGACAAAAACAAAAAAGUCUGUUGGUGAUGUACACACUACAUGAGAGCAACAGAGGCUGAAGUGACAAAAACAAAACAAAAUACCUGAAUACCCACCGUGGAGACUGAAGAGCCGCCUCCACUAGGAGUGAAACCUGAAGUCGAGCUCCCCACCUGUUGGAGAAACGACAAACCCAGGGCGUUCAGGCUGACAGCAGGCACGCACUAGCCUAGUACCCAAGAAAAGCCCUGAUGUGCUAGUGGCUUCCAAGCAAGAUUCCAGGCAGACAUACAACCUCACAUAUACCUCCCACUCAGGACACAAGCAGCCAAAAGUCAGAAGAGGCAGGUGGCCUCAGAAAUGGAAAUACCAUAUAUUUUGUUAAUCCCUUUUGUUCUGGUACUGUAUUUUACACAGAAACUAUUACCCCAUUUUACACACAGAAUGCCCACAUACUAAGGAGUGUACAGAUGUAAUUCAAACCCAGUCUGCUCCAGAACAUAUUCUCUUUUAACUGCUACCCUAUUUGAUCAGGAUAAUUAAUUAGCUGAGCUCUCACAUUCCCUCUGUUCACCAACUCCCUGGAAACCCAGGUCAUGUUGAAAAGUUCAUAUUUAGGGGCCAACGCUGUGGCACAGCAGGUUAAGCCACUGCCUGCAGUGCCAGCAAUCCCAUAUGUGGGCUGGUCACUCCACUUUCCUGCUAAUGCGUUUGGGAGAGUAGCGGAAGAUGGCCCAAGUAAAUGCUUGGGUUCCUGUCACCCAGGUAGGAGACAAGGAUGAAGCUCUGGACUCCUGGCUUUGGCCUGACCCAGACCUGGCCGUUUGGGGAAUGAAUCAGCUGACUGAAGGUCUGUCCCUUUCUGUUGCUCUCCCUUUCAAAUAAUUAAGUAUUGUAAAUAAAAGGGGGAUAGGGAGGGGACUGAACCAACCAGAGUAGCUUUCAGAGCUAAUUCAGCUACAUUCCCACUACGCUGGGAUUCUUUUGCAUCUUCUAUCUUCUCUCUGAUUUCAGGUAGCAAUUCUUUCAGCUCCUCAAUCUCUUUCUCAUAUUCAGUAGAUGAUCCUUCAGCCUCCUUCAUCUGCUCAUUGAGCACAGCUACAAAAAAUAGGCUAACAUGAUCAGUAAUAAUUACCACAAAAGGAUUUGUUUUUAUCAACUGUGUUUUAUCAACUGCUCCAACUAUCAGCAUGAGAAGCAGCUGGUGUUCACUCACCCAUUCUCUUCUCAAUGACUUCAAUAGAUUUGCUGAACUGUGCCACUGCCUCAUCAUACUGAGAGUUGUAUCCAUAAGCCAACCCCAGCUGGUAGUGGGUCUCUGCAAGGAGCCGGUCAUGGGCUUCCAGAUACUGCUCUUGCAGGCUCAGGCAAGCCUGGAACUCUUCUACAGCUUGGAUAUAAUUCUCUAAUUAAGAGAAUAACAAGUAAAUGUACAACACUUAAUAAGGUAUUUCACACAAUUAAGACCCACUCUGCACCAAUGUUCCAUUUAACAUUUCAUUUGUGUUUAUAGUAUCUCCAAAGAAUGCCAUAAUGACUUUUUUGCUUUUUAGAGAUUGCUCUAUAAAAGUGUCAUUUUUAAAAAUCCAACCACCCAACUUAAAAUCAGGCUGGGUUUUAGAGAAUCUAUUAGAGGAAGAACAGGGCAGGCAGGGGAGGUUAGAGAGUAAAAUGGAAAAUGCAUUACCAGAUUCAACACUAACUUCUCCAAGUUUAAGAUGUGCCUGUGCAGCAUAAAGUUGGGCUUCUUUUGUUUCUUGCCUAAAGAAGGAGAUGACCAGAACUCUUUAACAGUACUUGUCCGAACCUAACUGCUUUCUAUUUUCAAACACCAAACUUCCAGCCUCAAUCUAGAAGCACCCAGAGCUUUACCUUUUAAAAAUGAUCUUUGCUAAGUCCAGCAUAUCCCAGGCAAGUUCUAAGUUCCCAAUCUCUUCCUCUUCAUUUUCUGGAAGAGACUAAAAUAUAUCCAAAUCACUGAUUUAGGUAAAAGAAUGGCAUCUUUUCAGAGCACAAAUCUAAAUGUUUAAUUUUAGUAUGGGUAAAAGAAGAAUAAACAACUUGACAUAUGAUUCAAAAUUCAGACUUGGGGCCAGUAUUGUUGCAUAGCUGGCAAAGCCACCGCCUACAGUGUUGGCAUCACAUAUGGGCAAUGAUUUGUGUCCCAGCUGCUCCACUUCUGAUCCAGCUCCUUACUAUAAUGCCUAGGAAAAGCAGAAGAUGGCCCAAGUGCUUGGUCCUGGCCCAGCCCCAGCCUUAUGGGAACUGAAGCAAUGGAUGCAAGAUAUCUCUUUCAAAUAAAUUAUCUUUACAAAAAAAAUUAGACAUUCUCCCCUAGAAACUAUAAAACGGGUCCCUACAAAAUUUCCUUAAGUCAUCAGUGAUUUGUCAGGUUCAGUCCUAACAGGACAUCUCCCUGGAACCCAACAGAUCUGUCCAUUCUGGACACUAAUAAAAGGAACCUAUGGGGCCGGCACUGUGGCGCAACAGGUUAAAGCCCUGGCCUGAAGUGCCAACAUCCCAUAUGGGUGAUAGUUCUAGUCCCAGCUGCUCUUCCGAUCCAGCUCUCUGCAAUAGCCUGGGAUAGCAGUAGAGGAUGGCCCAAGUUCUUGGGCCCCUGCACCUGCAUGGGAGACCCGAAAGAAGCUCCUGGCUUCAUAUCAGCCGUUGUGGCCAUCUGAGGAGUGGACCAGUGGAUGAAGACCUCUCUCUCUGUCUCUACCUCGCUCUGUUAACUCUGCCUUUCAAAUAAAUAAAAUAAACCUUAAAAAAAAUAAUAAAGGGAAACUAAUCUUCCCUAACCCCAAGAAAUGGGUGUCUACCAUAAUUAUACCUCCACUAAUAAGCUAUAGCCCUACAGUAAGAAAGCAGACAAGGGUAGUGAAUAAAUAACAACUUACUUUAUUCUCAAGAACUGAAUCAUUUGGUGUUUCUUCUUCAGCCUUGUCAUUUUCUUUAUCCUCCUCUUCUGAGCCUUCAGUUUCUACAAGCAAAAAUUCCUCAGUAUUGAGAAUACAACUAAGGACUAAUCAAAGAUUCCAAUAAACAUCUGUCAGCCUAUAUGCUGAGAUAGGAAACAGAUGCUAAUCCCAAUCAGUUAACAGCUGGACUGAAUAUAAAUCCUGUGGUUGCAGCUUAAUUCCAGUCUAACUUAGUAUAUGUAAUCUUAUCUAUGGGUCAGACCAACAGCAAUGAAAAGGCCAAGUGCUUUUCUUAUAAAAAGUCAACAUGGAUCACUUAGAAUGAGUUGAACUAACUACUGCCUCUUAUUCACUGUUACAGCUCCCAUCCACUCAGCCAGAAGCAAGUGUUUCUGGUAUCUUUAUUCCACUUGUUAGGUAAUAGACAUGGAAAUGUGCCAAAAGUUAACUUAUCCAGUCCACUGAGAACAAGCAUGCUCGAGACUAGCUUUCUCACAACAGAGCUGUGGAGAGGAAAGCAUAGCCCUUACCAACUCUCACCAAUGAGCAUGCCACAGACUCCAGCCAGCUCCAGCAUAUAAAGAAUUCGAGUGAGCAAACCAGUUAGUCACUCUGGUAAUGAUUCCUUUUAAAUUUGCAGCCAUAUUCUAAAACUCUCACAGGGAAGUCAGGUCCCUGUCACAAAGUCCAUCUGAGCAUAGCCGAUAUUUAUGACAAUUAAAAUGUUCACUUACCAAUCACACUGGACAAUUAGAAAAGGAACAGAUUAACUUUACUUGGGAUAUGGACAGUCCAAGAGAUGGCAAAAUGUAAAGAGGUGGUAGGAAACAGAAUUUUAUGAAUUUUUAAGUGAAAACCACUUGCAAGAUAUCUGUGGACUGGUGUUGCCACAUAAAGAGGAAUAAAGCACAGAAAGUAGGUGGCUAGCAUAAGGCGUUGCGCCAGAGCAGGUUAAGCUGCUGCCUGAGAUGCCUGCCAUCUCAUAUCAGAGGCCAGUUUGAGUCCCAACCACUCUGCUUGCAUCCGGGAAGUAGAGGAUGAUGGCUAGAAUACUUAAGUUCCUGCCACUCACAUAGGAAACCCAGGAGUCCCAUCCUCCUGGCCUCAGCCUGGCCAAGUCCCUGCUAUUGCAGCCAUUUGGAAUAUUUACCAGUAGACUGAGGACCAUUCUGUCCAUUUCUUCCUCUCGCUGUCACUCUGCCCUUACAGAUACAUAACUAAAUCAAUUGGGGAGAUUGGGGGGAAAGCAAGCAAGCAAGCAAGCAGGCAGGCAGGCAGUUUUGCCCAAGUUAGGCUGUCUCAGCACCCAGUCCUCACUUUACUGGCUGCAUGACUGAGGCAAAUGAAUUAGUAACCUUUUUCUUCCAUUUCUUCAUUUGUAGAAUAUGGGAAAUUAUACUAUCUUUUCUAAGUAGAACAGUACUGGCACAGAAUACUCAAAAGUACAGCUUAAGGAAAAGUCUAAGCUUUUGUAAGCAUUUAAAAAAUUAAAAAAUGACUAGGAAUGUCCAAGUGGACAUGUGAGGUAGCUUGGGAAUGAAAAUAUAUUCAAGGCAGAGCUAGGUUCAGAUUCACUACUAUGACUUACCGUUUUGACCCUACACAAGUUAUACAUAUAACCUUUAAGUGUCAACCUCUUCAUCACUCUAACUGGAGUAAUACAAGGGAACUUCAAGAAGUUCAUGGAAAAAUGGAAUUAAUUUUGAUGCAAAAACUGAAAUACAUGCAUGUGUACUCAUAAUACACAUUUUCCAUUAACUCUUUAAGACUCAUUGUAUUACAGCAAAUAGUAUUGUUUUGGAAUCAUAAGUAAUAAUGCAAUGAAAGAUCUCAAACAAUGAUACUUAUGAUCCAAUGGAACAGUUUGUUAGGAAGAUGACGUCCCUGUUACAGCUCAUCAAGGUCCAACCUAAGAGAGCCAGCAAAGCCUUUCUGUCCUUGGCUCACUAUCAUUACAAUCAAGAACUGAGUUCUUAAAAAUUGAGGAAUUCAGUCCUGUGCUUUUUCCAUAAAGAAAUCCUAAUGCCCAAUAAACCCAAUGGUGCUGUCAUUUAGCCAAUCCCCUUCUAGUUACCGUGCUUCUGCUGGCUGGAGUGCAAGGACCUGCACAUAGGUAAAAGGAAGUUCACAGAAUAAUCUCCAAGAAUUGAAAUUGGGCCUCUGAAAAUCUUAAACUUAAGAAACUCCUGUGGUAGUCUAGCAAUUACACAAGUAAUAGUAAUAAGCAACUGGAAUAUAACUGGGGUUAUUAACGCCAAUGUUAGAUGAACCUUGUCUACAGUAGAAUCCUCAAAUGACAGCACAACUCAAGUCAGACAUGCCAAUUAUGGAAUUACUAAUUAGAGGCUUAUAUAUAUCGACAAAAGUGAAUCAUAAUUAGACCAAAACACGAUACAAAGUCUCCAUAUUUUGUAAAAUUCUAAGUAACAGAAAAUUCAGUCUAUCGGCCAAAACAGCAUGAAACGAGGUAAGAGAAGCAACAAGAGGGUUAAUGGCUUUUUGAUUUUCUUUUUUGUUUGGCAGGGGGAGUGAUAUUGUCACUAAUGUGAAUGGUCUCGAAAACUAAAGGUUGAAGGGGCAUCAGGAUUCUUCAGUUUUGGUGCCAGAAUAUUCAAGGUAAUUGCCUUCAUUUAAAUGGCAUGCCUGCUUAAGUGUACCAAUUCAAUGGAUUCUACUGCUCUGCUCCUGCUUCCUAAAGCAGAGAAGAAAACCUGUGAACAGUGAACUAAAAAAAUCCAGGAGCAUGCAAGUGAACAUCCAUUCAGCAUUCUCUGCCA